CAUUAAUUUUUUCUCCGGAAAAAAUGCUUUCAUCUUCUGUUUUUGAUGGGAUUAUGUGGCUGCUGCGUAUCGGACUUCCGGUGUUGUGGCUUCUUCCGGUCACCUGCAGUUGGGAGCUCUACAGCGUCCCCUUGCGUCGCUUUCCCUCCGCCCGGCAUCGCUUCGAAAAGCUAGGCAUCCGGAUGGACAGACUCCGGUUGAAAUACUCCCCGGAGCCGUCGGAAGAUUACGGCAACACCCGGGCGAAGUGGAAUGUGAAGAGCACUACGCUGAGCAACUAUCUGGACGCCCAGUACUUUGGACCCAUCACCAUUGGAACGCCGCCGCAGACAUUUCAGGUGAUAUUCGAUACGGGAUCCUCGAACCUGUGGGUGCCAUCGGCCACCUGCUCCUCUACGAUGGUGGCCUGUCGGGUCCACAGUCGCUACUACGCCCAGAGAUCCCGGAGCUAUCGUCCGAUCGGCGAUCACUUUUACAUCCAUUAUGGCAGUGGCAGCCUGGCCGGAUUCCUCUCAACGGACACCGUCCGGGUGGCUGGGCUGGACAUUGAGGAUCAGGUAUUUGCCGAGGCCACAAAUAUGCCGGGUCCCAUUUUCUUGGCAGCCAAGUUCGACGGAAUCUUCGGCCUGGGCUAUAAGAGCAUCUCCAUGCAGCGGAUCAAGCCGCCCUUUUAUGCCAUGAUGGACCAAGGACUUAUAUCGAGGGCCGUGUUCAGUGUCUAUCUAAACCGGCAUUUGGGCAACCACGAGGAGGGUGGUGUCCUCUUUUUCGGCGGCUCCAAUCCGGAGUACUACCGUGGAAACUUCACCUACGUCCCAGUGACUCGUCGCGCCUACUGGCAAGUGAAAAUGGACUCGGCCUCCAUCCGGAAUCUGGAGCUGUGCCAGGGAGGAUGCGAAGUUAUCAUCGACACUGGAACAUCCUUUCUGGCUCUGCCCUACGAUCAGGCCAUCUUGAUAAACAAAUCCAUUGGAGGAAAGCCCUCGGCUUAUGGACAGUUUUCGGUGCCCUGCGAUCAGGUCUCCGACCUGCCCAGAAUUACAUUCUCCAUGGGAGGCCGGGCCUUCUUUCUGGAGGGCCACGAGUAUGUCUUUCGGGACAUUUUCAAGGAUCAAAAAAUCUGCUCAUCGGCCUUUGUCGCCGUGGACCUCCCCUCCCCCCAAGGACCUCUCUGGAUAUUGGGCGAUGUCUUCCUGGGCAAAUACUAUACGGAGUUCGACAUGGAAAGGCAUCGCAUUGGCUUCGCAGAUUCCAGAAGCGACUGGUUGCCAUAACACGUGGAGAAAGGCGGCAAACAAAAAGGAAACCCCAUUUAAAGAUUUCGUUGUUGGUUUAAGGAUACCCUUUCAUAAAUUGGCUUUUAUCCGAAAUUUUCAGGACAUUCUCAUUGUUAUCUGUUUUAAUGCCUGAAAAAAUAAAUCCUUCCAACACGUGGUCUAACA